CUCGAGCGCUGCUAGUGUUUUGGUUGCGACACGCGGUUUAAUGUAAAAACAAUGUCAAAUACUGGUGAAAAAAAGCAGUGUUUAUGUUUCUGAAAGUAGUACAAGUGGGCCGCGCCAAUUAACGCAGUGUUAAUGAAGAAAACGAUGGAAACACUUGCUUUCCUUUUGUUACGAGUUUUUGCGGUACAAACCCUGUGCAUGUACCUGAACAGGACAGCAGCACAAAGCAGCACACCAAAUAUAGUGAUGGUCAUGUCUGAUGCCUUUGAUGGAAGACUCACCUUUCACCCAGAGAGCAAGGUUGUCCAGCUUCCAUAUAUUAACUACAUGAGGCAGAUGGGUUCGACCUUCCUCAACUCCUACACAAAUUCUCCCAUUUGUUGUCCUUCAAGGGCAGCUAUGUGGAGUGGAAAAUUCGUCCAUUUAACUCAGGCCUGGAACAAUUACAAAUGCCUUGCUUCCAGUGCCACUACAUGGAUGGAUCAUCUGCGGGAAGCUGGAUAUUACACACACCGGAUGGGGAAGCUGGACUACACAUCAGGGGGGCACUCGGUCAGUAAUCGUGUAGAGGCAUGGACCAGAGAAGUGGCAUUUCUUCUGAGGCAGGAGGGUCGUCCAGUGGCAGACUUAGUAGGAAACAGUUCCACAGUUAGAGUUAUGGCCAAAGACUGGAACGUCACAGACAGAGCUGUGCAGUGGAUCAAACAAAAAGCCACAACCCUGUCACAGCCUUUUGCUUUGUAUCUGGGGCUGAAUUUACCUCAUCCAUACCACACAGACGAGCUCGGUCCAACUGCUGGAGGCUCUACCUUCCGCACCUCACCCUACUGGCUUAAAAAGGUUUCCAUGGAGCAAGUUUCUCUCCCGAAGUGGGUGCCAUUUUCUCAAAUGCACCCUGUCGAUUAUUAUUCCACCGUCACCAAAAACUGCAGUGGCAACUUUUCUGAGCAAGAGAUCCGAGAGAUCCGAGUCAAUUAUUAUGCCAUGUGUGCUGAAGCAGACAGUAUGCUCGGUGAAGUGAUUUCUGCUCUCAGAGACACAGGUUUAUUAAACAGCACAAUCCUGAUUUUUACAUCGGAUCAUGGGGAUCUGGCCAUGGAGCACAGACAGUUCUAUAAGAUGUCCAUGUUUGAAGGCAGCUCACAUAUUCCCUUACUUAUGAUGGGGCCAGUGAUUACGUCUGGAAUUGAGAUCAGCUUACCGGUCUCUCUUGUAGACCUGUAUCCUUCUAUACUUGACUUUGCAGGUAUCCCAAUACCACAUGGUUUGAGUGGUCAUUCUCUGGUCCCUCUGAUCUCAAAGAGUGAUAAGCAAUCAACUGAACCUCAUCCUGGCUGGAUCCUUAGUGAAUACCAUGGCUGCAAUGCAAACGCUUCCACUUACAUGCUGCGGAUGGAUAACUGGAAGUACAUCACUUAUUCAGAUGGCUUCAGUGUCCCACCACAACUAUUUGAUAUGUCUAAGGAUGAAGCUGAGCUAAAGAAUGUGGCGUCUCAUUAUCCUAUUGAAUGUCACCAUCUGGACAAGCUGCUGCGCUCAGUGGUGGAUUACCCCAGUGUCACUGAGGCUGUCCGCCAAUACAACAAGCAGCAGUUUCUGCAGUGGAAGCAGAGUCUUGGGAAGAAUUACACAGAGGCCAUCGCCAACCUGCGCUGGCACUUUGACUGGAAAAGAAAUGCUAAAUAUAAUGAGAAAGCAAUUGAGGACUGGCUUGACCAUAAUAAUUUACCUCAUUGAAGACUGUUGCAAAUUAAUCUUAUAGAAUCAAAUAUACAAAUCUAGACUAAAAACUUGCUACAACAUGCACUUUCAUUUAUAAUUAUUUAUUUCUUUCUUUUUUUUGCAUAUUUGUUUAAAAAUGGAUCCUGCUUAGUUCACUUAUUCUCAGUCUGGUGCUCGAGUGCUGGUAGUAGGAUUUAACAAAGUGAGCAUUUUUUACUAUUAUUAUUAUUAUUAUUAUUAUUAACAAUUGCAAUUUCUUUAAAACUAUUGUGAAUUAAAUGGAUAGCAAUUUUAAUUUCAAUGCAAUGGUCAUACCAUGUUAUUGCUUGUGCAAUGAUAUGAGUAUCACUGGAUGGGUAUCUACGGUAUAUUUUAUUCAGUGGAGCAAUUGACAUUCUAUUUUUAAUUACAAACACUUCACAUUUUAAUACAGUUUUCAAUACGAGUAAGUGUUUUAUAAAGGGAUUUCUAAUAAAUUUGGGGCUGUGUUUUUGUUUUUACAUCACAUCCCCUAAAAAUGUUGUCUGAUUAUGAUAACAUUACAAUUUUUGUAACCUUUUGACUGAGUAUAUAUGUUAUAGCGUAACAUCAUCUCUGUAUCUAGAAAAUGCUCAAAAUGAAAGGUCUUAGAAUACAGGUGCCAGCAAAAAGUCUAAUGAACCACCAGUUUGAACCAGUUAUUUGUGUGUUCAUCA